AUGUGGAUCUUUCUUCCUCCCCAGGAGCAAUUCAAGAAGCUGCUUCCCUGGCAGUGCCUGGACACCAUGCUGAUUGAGCUGGAGUGGGAGGACAUAGCGCUGUUGGCACCAACAGUCGGCGCUGCCCUCAUUCAAUUUGAUACUGUGGUGUAUUUUGUGAUAAGCAUGUGCUUGGAGACCCGCACCAUGAAGGCCCAGGACAGGGCCAGGGUGCUGGAGCUUUGGAUACAGGUGGCCAGGGAGUGUUACAAGUUGAGAAACUACUCAUCUUUGCAUGGCAUAGUCACAGCCCUGAAGGCUGCGCCCAUCCAUAGUCUCCAGGAAACCUGGAGGGCAGUAUCCAGGGAAAGCGCCAGAGCGUACAAAGAACUGUGCGCACACGAUGACAGGAUGACCCGGGAGAAGCUGAUAAAGCUGGGGAUCUCCAAGCUGGCCCACUGGGAAAAAAACCCUCAGAGAGCCCAGAUGAGGCAGCAGAGACGGAAGGGCGUCAUUCCCUUUCUUGGAAUCUUCGUCGAUGACCUAACUCUGCUGCAGAAGUGGACGCAGAAUAAUGUGGCUGCCUUCAAGAUCGUCCAGCAGCUGCAGUUGCUGCAGGUGACUGCCAAUAAUUUCUGUUUUCAACUGGACAAAGAAUUCCAGUCCUGGUUCCAAACCAUGAAGCCACUGGACCAGUACAAUCUCCACAGCUUCUCCUGGGAGCUGGAGCCACCAUUUGAAUAGGCCAACAAGAACAUCAAGGCCGAGGAGACCUGCCUGGGACUGUGUCCACCUUUGAGCUACCUUCAUUUACUCUCCCCUGCCACUCCCUUAC